CACAGCUCCUCAGCAUGUCCUUGCCGGCACAGUGCCGGCCCUCAGAGGGGAAGAGGCUCCUGGCCCCAUUGUCCCCCAACCAAUCUGUCCCUGUGGCUGUCCCUGGCCUGGACACAGGGUGGGAUGGGCUGGAGAGGGGGAGUGGGGGCAAAGGGCACGGCCCCUCCCUCACCCCUGAGGUGACCCCCCACCCCUACCCCUAGUACGGCAUUGUCCUGGAUGCUGGCUCUUCCCACACAUCCAUGUUUGUCUACAAGUGGCCGGCGGACAAGGAGAAUGACACUGGCAUCGUGGGCCAGCACAGCUCCUGUGAUGUGCGCGGUGGGGGCAUCUCCAGCUAUGCAGACAACCCCCCUGGGGCGGGCCAGAGUCUUGUCGAAUGCCUGGACCAGGCACUCCGGGACGUGCCCAAGGAGAGACAUGCGGGCACGCCCCUCUACCUGGGAGCCACAGCAGGCAUGCGUCUGCUCAAUCUGACCAGUCCAGAGGCCUCGGCCAAUGUGCUCACAGCUGUGACGCGGACGCUGACCCAGUACCCCUUUGACUUCCGUGGUGCCCGCAUCCUCUCAGGCCAGGAUGAGGGGGUGUUUGGCUGGGUGACUGCCAACUACCUGCUGGAGAACUUCAUCAAGUAUGGCUGGGCAGGCCGGUGGUUCCGGCCAAGGAAGGGAACACUGGGGGCCAUGGACCUGGGAGGCGCCUCCACACAGAUCACCUUUGAGGAGGCCAGCCCGGCUGAGGACCCGGCUAACGAGGUCCAGCUGCGUCUCUACGGCCAGCAGUACCGAGUCUACACCCACAGCUUCCUCUGCUAUGGCCGUGACCAGGUUCUCCAGAGGCUGCUGGCCAGUGCACUCCAGACCUACAGCCACUCCUUCCACCCCUGCUGGCCGAGGGGCUAUUCCACACAAGUGCUGCUCCGGGACGUGUAUGAGUCGCCAUGCACCACAGCCCAGCGCCCCAAGGUCUUCAACAGCAGUCACCGGUUCACCCUGUGGGGGAGCAGCAGCGCCCCCCUCUGCCGUUACCUCAUCUCCAAGCUCUUCGACUUCUCAUCCUGCCCCUUCUCCCGAUGCUCCUUCAAUGGCAUCUUCCAGCCCCCUGUGGCCGGGGACUUUAUUGCCUUCUCUGCUUUCUUCUACACCUUGGACUUCCUGAGGACAGUGAUGGGGCUGCCCGUGGCCACCCUGCAGCAGCUGGAGCACUCCGUGGACACUCUGUGCAACAAGACCUGGGAUGAGCUGCAGGCUCAGGCGCCCGGGGCGGGGCCCCACCUGCCCAACCACUGCUCAGUGGCUAUGUUCGUGCAUUGGCUGCUGAGCCGGGGCUACGGCUUCGACGAGGAGGCCUUCAGCCGAGUGACCUUCCAGAAGAAGGCUGGGGACACGGCGGUCGGCUGGGCGCUUGGCUACAUGCUGAACCUGACCAACAUGAUCCCGGCCGACCCCCCUCCGGGGCUGCGCAAGGGCACCGACUUCAGCUCCUGGGUGGUCCUCCUCCUGCUCUUUGCCGCCCUGCUCCUGGCUGCCCUGGUCCUGCUGCUGCGCCAGGCACGUCCCGCCAAGUCCUCAAGUGCCAUCUAGGAACUGGCUGGGGGCAGCUGCCCAGAACCCAUACCCCCCAUCCCUCACUUCACCCCACAUUCACCAUCUCCUCCCCUAAUGCACCCAGAAACCAAGACAGUGCCUCUAGCACCCCCUUCCACAGGGGGCCAAAUCCAGCCCCAUUAGCCCCUCCCGCCUCUGCUCCGUGUCAAGGCCUCGUGCUCCGCCUACCGCGGGUGGGUAACAGACACCCCACAGCCCUCAGCCUGUGACCACGGGCGGGUGUCCAGGAAGUGGAGCCUUUAUUCUGGUCAUCAGGGCCCUCAGACACCCACCCCCACCAGGGUCUGUAUCAGGGGCAGGGUUCAGAUCCCAC